GGGGACUGAAAUAAAGUUUCAAUUUCUAUAAUUAUUAUUGAAAUACAUAUAGCUACCUAUUUUCCUCACUUCUAGAGAACACCUUUGUCAAUUUUUAUUUUUAUUCGGAAAAUAUGUGGUUGCUGUCAAUAUUGUUAUUUUCUUCACUGAAAUGCAUCAUUUGUGUAGAUGUCAAUCUAGCCGGUCUCUUCGAGAAAGAUGAGAGCCAAGAAAAAACCUUCAUUUUCGCAACCGAACUGGUCAACAACGGCCAACUGGGAGACGAUUUCACACUCAUUCCACACAUCAACAACGAAAUAACAGAAGACGAACCGUUUCAUGCUUUACGCCAACUUUGUUCUUUUCUCGAAAUCGGCGUCAUAGCCGUUUUCGGACCCCGAUCUAAGAUAAACAAAGACACGAUUCAAGGCGUAUGUGAUAUGAAGGAGAUCCCGCACAUUAUCACUUGGUGGAACAGCUUUCCAGUGAGGCACAGCACUGAGAUAAACUUUUACCCCCACCCUCCAAUUCUAGCUGAGGCCUACUACGAUAUAAUAAAAGCUCUGGGAUGGGAAACAUUCACCGUACUCUAUGAGGAUGAUGAAAGUUUUCUGAGGGUCAGUAGUUUGGUAAAGAAGACUAAAGAUGAAGGAUUGUUGGUACAAGUGAUGCAGCUGGAUGAAAAUCAUGAAAACUCUUACAGGACAACCAUCAAAUCUUUGAAGAUGUCAGGUCAACAGUACAUUGUUUUGGAUAGCCAUAUUCAGCACCUCGGAGAAAUUCUGAAGCAACUGCAGCAAGCUGGAAUGAUAAACGAAAAUUUCCAUUACUUCAUAACCAAUUUAGAUACGCACACUGAAGAUUUAACUCCAUUUAUGUUCAGUAACGUGAAAAUGACAGGGAUUCGAAUAAUUGAUCCAAAUGCUGAAAAUACCCAAAUCAUAAGCACAGAUCUGUUCGCAGGAAGUGAACUUGCAGCCGCAUGGAAGAUCAGAACUGAAACUGCUCUCAUCAUUGACGCAGUUUUUAUGUUUUUGAAAACGUUGAACGAAAGACAGAAAUUGAGUCCGGUUUCUAUCAUCAAAGACAACCACCGUUUUUCCUGUUCGAAAUUCAGUAGUUGGGAACAUGGCCUGAGCGUGAUAAAUAUGCUGAAAACUAGUACUCAUGAUGGAUUGACUGGACUUAUAAGCUUCAACAACGAAGGGUUCCGAAGUGACUUCAACCUGCAUGUUUUCGAACUCAGAGAAGGAGGUAUCACGGAUAUUGGUAAUUGGAACUCCAGUAAAGGCCUAAAUUUGACAGCAUCAGCACAAUCGCAAAACAUCACCGAUGGAGAUAGUUUGAGAAAUCUAACUUUCAAUGUCCUCAUCACCUUGACUGAACCUUAUGGAAUGCUCAAAAUGACAACCGAACCACAAAUAGGAAAUGAUAGAUUUGAAGGCUAUGGAAUUGAUCUAAUACGUAAACUAGCUGAUAUGGAAGGUUUCAACUAUACAUUUCUAGUCAGAGAGGACAAGAAAAACGGUGCUUAUGACAAGACUACCAAAAAAUGGACUGGUAUGAUAGGAGAUCUCCUAGAUUUUAAAGCUGAUCUGGCUAUAUGUGAUUUCACAAUCACUUCUGAUAGGGAAGAAGUAGUUGAUUUUACAGUCCCCUUCAUGACCUUGGGUGUUAGCAUUCUUUUCAAAGAACCAGUGAACGCCCCACCAAGUUUCUUUUCUUUUGCUGAUCCAUUUGGCCUCGACACUUGGAUAGCUCUUGCAGUGUCAUUCUUCUUGGUUAGCUUCGCCUUAUAUUUCAUGGGAAGACUUUGUGGUGAUGAGUGGACCAAUCCGUAUCCUUGCAUCGAAGAACCAGAAUAUUUGACGAAUCAGUUCAGUUUGGCCAACGCGAUAUGGUUUGCCACAGGCAGUUUACUAGCGCAGGGAUCAGAAAUAGGACCCAUUGCGACAUCAACAAGAAUGGGUGCUGGCAUGUGGUGGUAUUUUUGCCUCAUCAUGAGUGCCUCAUACACUGCAAACCUCGCAGCAUUUUUGGCGACACAAAAUCCUGUUGAACUUUUCAAGGACAUCGACAGCCUCUACGAAAAUCCCCAUGGAAUCAAGUAUGGUGCCAAGGAAGGUGGUGCUACUUUGAAAUUCUUCACAGAUGCAGAAGAAGGGACUAUCCUCAGAAAAAUUGGUGAUCGCAUGAAAGAUGAUCCUGCAAACGUUAAAGAAAAUGAUGAAGGUGUGCUGAAAGCAGAAAAUGAAGAUUAUGCAUUCUUCAUGGAAUCCACCUCAAUCGAAUAUGCCACUCAAAGACAUUGUUCUUUGAAGCAAUAUGGAGGACUACUCGAUGAGAAAGGUUAUGGAAUCGCUAUGAGGAAAAAUUCUACAUACAGGAAAAGACUCAGUCUGGCUAUACUUCAACUCCAGACGUCGCACGCCCUUGAUGACCUGAAAAAGAAAUGGUGGGAAGAUCGAAGAGGUGGCGGUGCAUGUGGGGGACCAGUUGAAUCAUCAGAAGCUGAUCCUUUAGGCCUAGUAAAUGUGGAGGGUUGCUUCAUGGUCACCAUUUAUGGAACCAUGCUGGCGCUGAUAUUGGUUAUAAUUGAACACUUAUGUUUCGUCAAUAAAAUCAGUAGACGUGCCAAGAUUCCUUUCUGCAAAGUUUUUAUGUCAGAGCUCAGAGCUUACCUGGAUUUCAACAACAAUACCAAGCCGAAUAUUACACAGAAAAACAGGGAAGGAUCAGAUGGAACGAAUGGAAAUGAAGGCAAAGAAUGCUUCAAACAAAAUGGAGAUAGUAACAGAGACUCAAAAGAUAUGAAAUCAAAGCGGGAUUCCAAAUCUGGGUCUCGUCCUCUCAAUAAUACUAGUUCGAGGUGUUGUACCUCUGUUCACUCAAGGUCAAGGUCACGUUCUAUUUCGAGGCCACAGUCGAGCAAAUCUAAAACCUCCAGGAGUAGUGGUAGAAAAACUCCAGCACCUUUCGGAUUUGUUGUUCCAUCUUCUGGUGAUAAUAAGUUUUGAAGAAUUUUAUACAAAAUAUUCGAGAAUUCUUGUUUCAAAUAUGUGAGGUAUCUCUGUCUCAAUGAUAUUGUAAAACGUUAGGUAAAGUGGAAAAUUCAUUUGUGUACUCUGCAAAGCAGGAACUAGUUAUAGCAAUAUCGCUUGUGAUAAUGGAUAUAUUGAUAUAAUAUGAAGAAAGAGUAGUGAGAAAUAAUGUUGAAGGUAUGAAUCUAUAUUAUUCUCUUUGGCUCGUGGACAAUUUAUUGUCUUUGUCUUUGCUGUUUGUAUUUGAACAAAAAAAUAGUGAAUAAACCUUCUUAUCA